AUGACGACCACCGUCAAGUUCGAGAAGGACACCGUUCGCACCGCCGGCACCGCUGCUACAAAGGCCGGCGAGGACAUCGUCCAUGCGGUCGGUGAACGGCUGACUGGCGGCAAGUCCCAGAAUGGCUACCUCGCCGCAUACCUCAAGGAGCUCCAGUCGAACCCGCUGCGAACCAAGAUGAUCACCUCUGGUGCUCUCUUCGGCAUCCAGGAACUGCUCGCCUCGUGGAUCGCGCACGACCGCAGCAAGCAUGGCCACUACCUCAACUCCCGCAUCCCCAAGAUGUCGCUCUACGGCGCCUUCAUCAGCGCGCCGCUCGGCCACCUGCUCGUCGGCAUCCUACAGAAGAUCUUUGCCGGACGCACCAGUCUCAAGGCUAAGAUCUUCCAGAUCCUCAUCAGCAACCUCAUCGUCUCUCCCAUCCAGAAUGUCAUCUAUCUCACCUCAAUGGCCGUCAUUGCAGGCGCACGAACCUUCCACCAGGUCCGCGCGACCGUCAAGGCCGGCUUCAUGCCCGUCAUGAAGGUCAGCUGGAUCGUCUCGCCGCUCUCCCUCGCAUUCGCCCAGCAGUUCCUCCCUGAACACGCCUGGGUCCCCUUCUUCAACGUUGUCGGCUUCAUUAUCGGAACCUACAUCAACGCUCACACCAAGAAGAAGAGACUGGAAGCUCUCAAGCGCAAGCAAUACGGCUCCUCCGGAAAGAGCACAACCGGCCGCCCAGAGGACUACCCGCCACCACGACGCGACUACUAA